UCCAGAAACAACAACAACAAAAAUAUCAUCAAAUUUUCAAAAACCCGAUCGAUUACAUUUUUGUUUUGUUGCUGUUUUUGUCCCUAUCGAUAUAUCGAUUGUUCAUAUCUGUAAUUCGUUCAUCACAAUUCAACCAAAAAUGUUCAAAUCAUCAUUCAUUUUAACGAUUUUCGUCGUGUUAACAUCCAUUGUAUCAUUAUCGAUUGCAGCAACAAAAUCUGAUGGAAUCAAAACAACUGCGUCAAAAUUAUCGCAACAACAACAGCGAUUAUCAUCAUCACCGUCAACAUCACCAACAACUAUUGCUGAUAAUAAUAAUAAUAAUUUUCGUGAUUCAUUACGAUUUAAAAUGAAAUUAGUCAAUGAUGCUAUGCUUUAUGGUGGUAGUAAUUAUGGUGGUUUGUCGACAACAACAGGUAUAUCAACAACUGCAUCACCACGAUUAACGCCUGAUCUUUUGGAUGAAGCACUUUCCAUUUCAAGUGCUGAACUUGGUUCAAGUAAAGAGAUUAAUGUUGAAGAUACAAUGCGAUCAAUUCUUGAUGCUGAUAUUGGACCGCAACCACCAUUAGAACCGGGUCAUCGUCGUUUUCAAUCACAACGAACCAAUGGUAUUAAAAAUCGUAAUAAUGCAGCCAUUGCAGAUGAUCAACGACGAUUUAAAGCUGCUGUCCGUACUAAACAUACAUUUGAAUAUCGACCGGUAAAAAUUGAACAAUUACAAGAACAAUCUGAACCGAAAAUUAUUGAAGUUGAAGCCAGAUCAUUACCAUUAGAAAUUCAUUUUAAAUCAGCAUCAUCUCGAAUAAAAAUGGUACAAGAACAUCAAAAAGGUGAACUGCAACAAGAACAACGUACACAAUCAGUGGAAGAACCACAACGAAUGUUUCAUUUGGUUCGUAAACCAAUCAUCCAAGAAGUACGGGAAAUUAUUUCUCCAUAUAGACGUAUUGUACAGGAAAUUCAACCAGUUCUGGAAGAAAUUCAUACAGUUAUUGCACAUAGUGGUCAACAACAUCGUCAUGAAGAUGAACAACAAUUACUGGGUACGGAUGUUACAUUAAAUUCACGACCAACAAGUGUCGAAAUAGAAGAUGAUGAUGCAAUGGUAGUGGACGAUAAAUUUCAACGACAAACAUUAAAACCAUCAACGACAGCAGCAGCAGCUAUUUCUACUUCUUUGUCUAAAAAUACUGCACCGGUAGUGACUACUGCACGACCAAAAAUUGUCGAAUCAUCGUCAUCAUCUAAUAUGAUGAGAAAUCUGGAAAGUUUUGUUCGGGCACAACAACAACAACGACAACAACAAUCUCAAUCCACAUUACCAAAAAGAUUGAUGCAAGCACCAAUUUCAUAUGAUUCAUCAUCAUAUGAUACAUCUGAAUUUGAACGAAUUAAUAAAAAUGAUUUGGACAAUCAACAGAUAACACCAGCAAGACAACAACAAAUAUUUCAACAACAACAGAUUCAACGUCGUCAUGCACCAUUAUUAUCAUCAUUUCGUCAUGCUGUAGCUGCAUCGAAUCAAAAUUAUCAU